AUGUCAUACAAUAGACCAAAUAGAAGUAGAGGUAGAGGUCAACGGGAUUCUCGUCGGUCACAGAAUCUUGAGAGACUUGAACAACACGGGCCUCCCUUGUAUAUGGCAGAGGGUAUUCCCACACUUCUGGAACAGAGAGAUCAAAUGAUUGCAUUACAAGGUCCUCCAUUAUAUAUGGCAGAGGGUUUUCCCACAUUUCAAGAACAAGGUAUCCCAGCAUCUCAUCCAUCGGGAGGUCCAAGUAGUUUCGGAUAUCAGAUACCAAAUUACCCACAAACGGGUGCUUUUACAUCUCAACCACCACUUGGUUCUGCGAUGACUGCAUUGGGUGGCCAUCCACCCAUUGACACAACAUUGGCUGGCUAUGCGUCUCAAACAUUAAGUCAAAGGGAUGGAUAUGGACUUCUUAGACCUCAACCUGAUUAUGCGGCACAAGAACGACUUCGUUACGGCUAUCAACCGACUCAUGUGGUUCCACCUCAUUCUACUUAUCAAUCUCCCUGGGCUCCUACAGUGGGACAACAAUAUAGUUAUGAAGAAGUACAACCGCCACCACCUGAAUGGUCGGAACCAUCAAUCCGUCAAUUUGCACCAAGGCCACGUGCAUGGACACCACCACAAAGAGAAUCUCCAUCACCCGAUAUUGAUUGGGGGGAACGCUUUCUAGAAGGUGGUACCAAUCAACGCAUUCCAUCACCAAGGCCACGUGCAUGGGCACCAAGACCACGUGAAUCGGCACCAAGACCACGUACAUGGGCACCAAGGCCACGUGAACCGGCACCAAGACCACGUGCAUGGGCACCAAGGCCACGUACAUGGGCACCAAGAUCACGUGCAUGGGCACCAAGGCCACGUACAUGGGCACCAAGAUCACGUGCAUGGGCACCAAGAUCACGUGCAUGGGCACCAAGAUCACGUGCAUGGGCACCAAGAUCACGUGCAUGGGCACCAAGAUCACGUGCAUGGGCACCAAGAUCACGUGCAUGGGCACCACCACAAAGAGAAUCUCCAUCACCCGAUAUUGAUUGGGGGGAACGCUUUCUAGAAGGUGGUACCAAUCAACGCAUUCCAUCGCCAGAAAAUGAAUUGCCGAUCAUUGAUGUUGAGCCCAUAGGACAACAACAGCAACAACCAGGACGUCAUCGUCCAAUAAAUGAAGUUUGGCCCACUCCUACUACCCGUCCGAUUAGACCCAGUGAUCCCAUGCAAACUAUACCCGAGGAAACUGAUAGUCAGUAA